AUGGUAGACAGAACUUGGUUGAGAAAACUUUUCGCCGAUUUCGCAGAAGCUACUGUUUUAUGGGCAUAUCAUCCCAUAUAUUCGUACGAACCCUCUUCACUAAUUGGAAACACCACUGGUGUUUUCCCCAAUGUGCCGUCGCAGCCCGGAAUGCCCUGCCAGGGCGAGGACAGGAGUAUUUAUAGAAGGGGAGCCCGUCGGUGGAGGAAGCUUUAUAGGGUUAAUGGACACAUAUUCCAAGCUAAAAGAUUCAAUAGGAGAGCAUUUUGUGCGUAUUGCAACGAUAGAAUCUGGGGAUUAGGCAGACAAGGUUUCAAGUGUAUCCAAUGUAAACUUCUCGUGCAUAAGAAAUGCCACAAGGCUGUAAAUAAACCUUGCACGAGUGAGCAUCAAGAACCCGUAAUUCGAGAAGAUCAUAAUGGGGAAGCUCAAGCAAAUAAUACGCCAAUAACCGAGUCGAAGUGGGAGAUACGAGAAAAAGAUUUUCCAGAACCUCCGCCAGAUGUCACUGGCGAAUCUGUUCCCGUGGAAGAUCCCAAUAAGCCUGUAGACGAUUUAGAACCCGGCUCUCAACGCCAAUAUUCCCUGAAUGAUUUCGAAUUAAUCCGCGUAAUUGGUCGCGGUUCGUACGCUAAAGUCCUGAUGGUAGAACUGAAAAAGACAAAACGUAUAUAUGCCAUGAAGGUGAUUAAGAAAGCUCUAGUUACCGACGACGAGGAUAUCGAUUGGGUGCAAACUGAGAAACACGUUUUCGAAACUGCUUCCAAUCAUCCGUUUUUAGUCGGAUUGCAUUCGUGCUUUCAAACGCCUUCGAGAUUGUUCUUCGUUAUUGAGUUCGUUAGGGGUGGUGAUUUGAUGUUUCAUAUGCAGAGGCAGAGGAGGUUGCCCGAAGAACAUGCGAGAUUUUAUGCUGCGGAAAUCUCCCUCGCCUUAAACUUUCUCCACUGCAAGGGAAUCAUCUAUAGGGAUCUGAAACUUGAUAACGUUCUAUUGGAUCACGAGGGUCAUAUCAAGUUGACUGAUUAUGGUAUGUGUAAAGAAGGUAUUAGGCCAGGCGAUACUACAUCUACGUUCUGCGGUACGCCUAAUUACAUAGCCCCCGAAAUUUUAAGGGGUGAAGACUAUGGAUUUUCCGUUGAUUGGUGGGCUUUAGGUGUCUUGUUGUACGAGAUGUUAGCCGGUCGAUCGCCAUUCGACAUAGCGGGAGCGUCUGAAAAUCCAGACCAGAACACGGAAGACUAUCUAUUCCAAGUGAUUCUUGAGAAAACUAUUCGUAUACCUAGAUCACUUAGUGUUAAAGCGGCGAAUGUUCUGAAAGGAUUCCUGAACAAAAAUCCAGCUGAUAGGUUAGGAUGUCACAGCCCUGAAGCAUUCGUUGAGAUUACGGGUCAUCAGUUUUUCAAAAGUAUUGACUGGGAUAUGUUGGAACAAAAACAAGUACCCCCUCCCUAUAAACCACGAUUGGAUUCAGAAAGAGAUUUAGCCAAUUUCCCACCAGAAUUUACCGAUGAACCUGUGCACCUUACACCAGAUGAUCCACGAGUAAUCGAGAAGAUAGAUCAAUCAGAAUUCGAAGGGUUCGAGUACGUGAAUCCGCUACUCAUGUCGUUAGAAGAUUGCGUGUGA